AUGCCCAACGCAAUACCUUAUUAUUUGUGUUCCCCACCUCUUUUUCUCUCGGUUCUCUUUUGCGACGUCGCGGAUUUCCACAAUCUCGUUUGCGCCUUUUCGUUACCCCAGGGGGGCUCGCUCAGCGUCUGCUCGUUUUUUCAGGAUCUGGUGAAGCUACUGGAUGCCCUCUUCUUGUGCUUUGACAAGUUGAGCGAGCAAUUCCAACUUGUAAAGAUCGAAACUGUGUUUGAGACAUAUCUUGCUGCUGCCGGUCUUAAUGAUCCAGUUUUAGCUGAUGAUGCAGCUGGACAAAUGGACGACGAGAGGGAUUCUUUUGGUGAACGCGACCUUCACAAAGUUCAGCAGGGAGCCUUCAGUGCGGUUGAGACUGCUUUAGCGAUGCUCCAAGUGACCAUGUACAUUACGUAUGAUUCGGCAGAGCCGCUAGCCAGGAAGCCUGAAGCUGCGCAGAGUCAGUUUAGUAGUCCGAGGGAUGAUGACGUUUCACAGGGAGUGACUGACCCUAGCGGACAGAGGCAAACACGCCGUCUGCGAGUGAAGAUUGGAAUUCACAGUGGGAACGUAAUCAGCGGUGUUGUUGGUUCUCGAAAGCCCCAGUAUGCGCUAUUCGGUGACACAGUCAACACCGCCUCCAGAAUGAAAAGCACAAGUGUGGCUGACGGGAUUCACAUAAGCGGAGCGACGCACAGAUUUGUAGCUCAUGAUCCGCAGUUUAAGUGGAAGGAAAUGAUUGUCGACGUCAAAGGCAAAGGUCCUAUGCAAACAUACCUCCUUGACCAUGUUGUCGGCAUGCGCACUCCUCUAGACGAAGCUACACCUCGUGUUCCUGACUCUGCGGGACACGGAUGCCAAAGCACAAGUCUCGUCAGCGAGUCUUCUAUUGACUGCGCUGCGAAUCGACCUUGGUGUACCAGGCACCAGUCUUCCAGUUCUUUAGACGCAUUAGGCGGCGGUACGGUUGCAGACAUGUGCGGCCGGAAUGAAUGCGACAGCAACACAGACUGCGUCUCACUCGCAAAGGAGUCAGUCCCGUUGGACAGGAGAUCAACGUUAUCUAAUGAACGUUCUUCACGGUGGCGCGGUGCUGAGCGGAUGCAACGCAUCACAAAUGCAGUAGCAUCUGUUUUCAGUCCGGCGCAGUUCGGUUCAAGCAAUAGGCGACGACGGAGCGGUAGUCAGGUGCGGCCAGCGAACCGGAAUCGCAGCCGCAGCGCAUCUUCCUCAGCAGAUAAUCCUUGGCGAAGGGCUGGUACUGGCGGUGCUGGACGUACUGACAUCGACGAGCCACUGUACAGGCUUGCCAACGGUGGGGAUGACGAGAUGGGACGCCUGAAACUGUCUUCCAGGUUGACGAGAGCGUUUGGGUUAAACGCACGCACCGAUAUGGUGGCCUUUGUGCACGAGUCAAUCGCUUUUCUCUCGAUGGAUCGCCUGUCAGCUGCCACCUGCGAGUUGUUUCAGACACAACGCAUGCUUGUCUGGAGCACCAGGUCUUUUGUCGCCGCUACAGUCCUCGUUCUGUGGCUGCUCAUUCACUACCGGCAACGCGCAAGUAUAUCUUGGAUGGGAAUACGCUGGCUGAUAUUUUGGCUUAACCUUCUAUUUAUUUUUGCCGCUUUGGCGUUUGUACUUACAAAUGCAAGGGACCCCGGGAAGAAGGUUGCCUCUGAGUGGCACACUGCAGACACAGUGGAGCUUUCUUUCUUUCUUACGUUAAUUCAUCACAAUACGGGCCUCUUGUUUCAACAUAUCAUCUUUGUGGAUGCCCUUUUAAUCACGGAGUACGACGACAGGCAGACAUACAUCGUGAACCAGGAAGCUAGUGCAUUGGAACGCCGCAGCUUAGAGCUGCUAAAUGAUAUGCUUCCAAAGGAGCUGCUCACCGAAUUUCAAAAUGACAACCUGCGGCUUGCAUAUUCACACGAGUCCCUUGCAUUCCUCUUUGCGGAUAUAUGCGGGUUCACUGCCUGGUCCAGGAGUGUUAGUGCCGAGCAGGUGCUUUCGUUGCUGCAACGUCUGUUUACCCGUUUUGAUAGAGACACCAUAAUGCUAAAUCUGUACAAGCUGUGCACAAUAGGGGACGCGUAUGUAGCCGUAUCGGGCUUGCAUAUAGAUUCUCCAGCACAGGAGCCCUUUUCAAAAUACCCUGAUGCCUUCAGUGGACGCAGUGUUGCUCCUGGUACCGGGGGGCAAACAGAUGAAUUUUCUAAUUCUCAUUGGCGUUCUCAGUGGGAGGGCGUGUGUGGAGGGGACUCGGGCUGCUGCCGCGAGGGCCAAGAAACGGACAAAGCAUGCAGAAUUCUCUGUAUGGCUAGGCAGAUGCUGGAACACGUCCAGGCUGUUCGGGAGGAAAUGCAAGUCCCCGGUCUCAACAUGCGCAUCGGCUUGCACGUGGGCUCUUGUGUUGGAGGAGUAAUUGGCAGCAGGCGCCUUCGAUAUGAUCUAUGGGGUCUGGAUGUGCUUGUGGGGAAUGACAUAGAGAGCAAUGGUGUUCCAGGCCAAAUUUGCUGUUCCAAAGAAUUCAAAAUUGCCUUUCAAAGGGAAGAGCACAGCGAGCCUCGCUGCUUCGACCAGCAUGUGGCGUUCGUACAUCUGAAGACAAUUCGUGUGAUUCAUCGAGAAGUCACGAUUUUCACGGUUCAUAGCGCAUUUGACACUAAUGUCUGCGAUAUUCGUCGUUCCAAUUCCAAGUUUGCUAACCCGUCAUCUACUAUAUUGGACCGUCAAUCAAGAAGCAGCACAGGGACCAUGCACGAAGACUCAAGGGAAUCAUUAUCAUCUGAGCUACCGUUUGAACCCAUCGACACAUCCAGGCUUCGUGUUGCACAUUUACGCCGCCGUUGCUACCGCAUGCCAACUGCCGCGAAGGGGACCUGCUGA